CACUCAACUCACAUAAAACGGUUUAAUUUCUUAUUAUAGUGAUCAUGAUUCUAUUUUUGUGGUUUUUGAAUCAAUGGAUAAGUGCUUAGAUAAUUAAUUUUAUCUAACGACAAGCACUCUGGAAGUGCCACCACUUAAUAAGGUGCAAAAGGUGAUGCAAAAAAUGUACUCUAAAAAAGGAAAAUACAUUGAUAAAAGACGUGAGAAAAAGACAGUAUGGGAGCUGGCCAACUGCAAAAAGAGAUGUUUUAUUUGCACAAAACCCCUGGUUGGGAACCCAAGCUUUCUUCAGAAAGCAAGGACAAAGCACUCCAACGCUACAUUCGCCACAUGUUUGAAAGACAUUGCUAACAGUAAAUUUCCUGUGGCAGUUGCAGUCGAUGAUAGGUGCUGCUGUUACUGUGCAUCAUUAAUUCAACAGAGAGACCAGUUAGAAAAAGAUCUGGAAAUCGUCAACAACACUCUCUUUACCUUUUUGAAAGCCAGCUGCUCAUUAAGAAACAUUGGUAACUCAACAAACAUUUCAACAGAAGGUGAAACAUAUAUAGAUCAUGGUUCAGUGGUGAGUAUUUCUGUGGAAAAGGAGGAAGCAGUGGUCUGUACAAAAGCUAAAGAGGCAAAUCAAAUCCUAUAUGAGUGCGGUACCUGCCAGAAACUGUUCAACAGCACUGACGAUCUGUACAAGCAUGGCUGUUUCGAUCAGACCGCUGUCAGCUCAAAAGCUCGCCAAAAGAAAAAGAACGUUGAGACCUACCCUUGCAGCAUGUGCCCCUCCACUUUCAACACCCCCAUAGGUCUCCACGUCCACGCUAGAACUCACAAAAAGGAGCCAAGAGAGGAGAAAAUCAGCUAUCAGGAGUGCAAGAAGUGCAAGCUCAUGUUUCCUUCUCUAUUAAUGUUGCAAGAGCAUUAUGAGACUCAUGAUAAAUUCCGCUGCAGUACGUGCGGCAAGAAAUUCAAAAAUAAAGAGGCGUUUGAGGAGCACCUCACUAUUAUGGCUAAACUACAACAGGAUUUUUGCCUCUCUUGCAAUCAAAUCUUCAGUACCAAAGAGGCUCUCACUGUCCACCUUGCUGAGAGUCACGGUCCGAUGGAGGACCCCAGUGAAAAUUUGGCCUUGAGGGUUAUUUACUCUUGCCCCUGCUGCAAUGCCGAGAUACCAGACACAAAGAGCAUAAACGACCACAAGUCAACGCAUUUGAUGAUGAGCAUCGACUAUGAAGCCACUAGCGAUGAGCCCAUUUGUGAAGUAACGGUGGAGAGCUCUCCAAGGAAGAGAAUUAGAGAGUCUGAUCAGGAGAGUGAAUCUAUAGGCAAAAGAGCAAACUCGGACCACAGCUACUCCCUUGAAUUGCCUGAAUUGAAAAUGGAACCUGGCUACCUGGACAAGCCUGAAAAUGUCCCACUAGAAACGGCAAUGGCGCCUCCAGUCAAAAUCAAGCCCUGUGUGUAUGAGUGUGGCAUGUGUGACGUUCGCGCUUCCAGCGUCAACAACCUACUAGAGCACUUCAAAACGCACAAAGACCAGCCAAUCAGCUGCAAACACUGUGGCAUCAAGAUGCCUUCCAUAUCGGCCCUGUCAAAACACCUGCAGUACCAUGUCAAACCUGGACAAGGAAUCGAAUGCUUGACGUGCAAACAAUCCGUGGAGUCUAAAGACCAGCUUAUGAAGCACAUGCUUGGCUAUCACAAGUACAAGCAGCAAUGCAAGUACUGCGGCGAGCAGUUCCGCUAUGCCACCGACCUCACGGUGCACUUGGCGCUGCACCCCGAGUCUCGCAACUUUCCGUGCCUCUUCUGCAACGAUCGCUUCUCCAAUAUGGCCCAGCUGGAGAAGCACCAAUCGCAGGAGCAUCGCGAACCAAAAUGUAACGUGUGCGGCAAGGAGAUUCAGGAUCGGAAAAAACUGCACGAGCACGAAUUAAGGCAUAGGAAGGACCUCAACCCAUGCUCCAAGUGCCACAGGAUAUUCAAGACGUCAAGUGGUUUGAAAAAUCACAUGCCUGUGCACACUGGGGAGUACAAAUAUCGGUGUGAUACCUGCCACAAGGGUUUCAUGAAUAGGAGUAUUUUCAGAGAGCACGUUAACAACCAUCUUGAGCAACCUGUAAUGCUGUACAAAUGCCGAUACUGCGAAAAAGGUUUUAACCACCAAGGCUCGAUGUGGAUUCACGAGAAAUGGCACAAAAACCCCUUCCCGUACCAAUGCAAACUGUGUGGAAAAAAACUGCGGCACUCUUCAAUCUUAGCGACCCACAUGCGGCGGCACCAAGGAUUGCGUCCUUACAAGUGCCCCCACUGCAACCUAUCGGUCACCAGCUCCAGCACCUUCAAGCGGCACAUGAUGUUACACACCGGCAACUAUGCCUACAACUGCCAGGAGUGCAAGAAAGGCUUCACGACUAAGCACAAGUUCCACCAACACCGCUACUCCGUUCACAGCAUUCCUUUGCCAGCCAAGAAAGACGUUCCUCUCAAGAUAAGUCUGGGGGCGACCAGAUCCGCCAACAACUACGACGUGGACGAUAAUUUGAUGCAGGAUGAGGCUACCAUCGCCUACAUCGUUGGAGACUUUGAAGAUAACGCUGCAGGAGACCAGGGGUUGGAGACAGCCACGGACGAGCAGCAGCAAGCUGUUGCUAACCUGGAGCUUCUGGACGAAAAUUCAACUGCAUGGACUGUGGUCCAGACGUGAUCUGCCUCGCAGUUGACGCUUGUAAGAAAAGGUUAGGCAGAGGAUUUCGUCACAGGAAAUUUUCUACAUCUUUAUACUUGCAAUACAAACUUUAUAAACAGACUGAAAUCAAACAUGCCAUGUUACAAUCUUUGAAGUUUGAUAGUGCCUGACAUAACUGAUUGCUCAGAGAGGAAUUCUGAUGAUUUGUCCUGUAUCAGUUUCAAUUGAAAUGAAAAGAUUUUUCAAGUGCUAUAGUGUUAUCUCUUUCUAAUGCAAUUAAAAACGCCCAAUUAAUAAUAUUAAUUAAUUUAAUGAUUUGAUUUAUUCCUGAAUAUAAUAUAUGAAUCAUGAACAA